GCCUAGUUCAGUUUAAAAUUUUCUUCUUAAAACAAUUAAUUAAAUUAAAAAGUGCUUUAGCUUCGGAAAGUGAAUUCUACGCUACGAUGGGCGACGAACGCGGCACAAGAGUUUACGUUGGUAACUUGACUGACAAAGUAAAGAAAGAACAGUUGGAAGAAGAGUUCACACGAUUCGGAAAGCUUAAUUCCGUGUGGAUUGCACACAACCCUCCAGGCUUCGCAUUCAUCGAAUUCGCCAACAAGGAUGAAGCUGAAUCUGCAUGCGACAGCUUGAACGGUCAAGAGUUAUUAGGAUCGAAAUUACGCGUUGAAAUUUCAAAAGGACGUUCACGGGGACCUCGCGGAGGUGGUCGAGGUGGUGGUGGACGGUUCAGUGAUAGACGCGGUUCUGGGGGCGGUGGUUUUAGACGCGAGGGUGGCGGACGAUUUAAUGACCGUAAUUCAGGUGGGGGAGGUUUCCGUGGAGGUAGAGGGUCGGGAGGGUUUAGAUCAGGUGGGGAUCGUUAUGGGGGUUCAUCGUCCGGUCCACGGUCUUAUGAACGUCGCGAUAACUUUGGCUCAGGUGGUGGUGGCGGUUCGGGAUAUCGUUCAAGCGGGUCUGGCAGAUCUUAUGACCGUUCAAGAAGCCCACAAGGUGGCCGCAGAUUCUAA